AUGAAGGUUAUACUCCGUAGUUUGUAAUUCUUUGUGGUUCCUUUGAAUUCAAGGUCAAGCACUAUUUUGCGAUGGUGUCAUGUUACUGUCGGCUGUCAUUUGUUAAAGAGUCUAGUCGUGUCUCAUAGGAAAUGAGAUGAAUGAGACGGUCCUCAACAAAUUCCCACGCGGGACCCUGAUUCCCUGCUCCCCGCCCGCUGUCUGAGAACCUUCGUUUGCGGAGUCCAAAAUUGCAAAUUUCGCCGAAAGCAGCAACCCCGCCAAAGCGAUAAAUCGUAAGCUUUGCUGGUUUUAUGCAGACAAGACCGAGCCAACCCCAGAAAAGCGAAAGCGCGCGCGCCUUGAUUGCAGUAUUAUGAUCAUCAUCAUCCCCACAUCCCCCAUCUCCAUCUCCAUCCCAGCCAAACCCCGACACCCUCAAACACCCACGACCAUCAACAGCUUCACGACCAUCCUUUUCGCCCUCGCUGCUGCUUGCUGCUCCCGCUCGCAAACCCCCAGGUCGCACCCAUCACCAAUGUUGGCCACCCCCAGCACAUCGCAGUUGCGAUCUCGAACCACCCACCGUCACUGCGCCGCCGCGUAGCAGACCAAUCUACCCCAACCACCACAAACCACACACACAAACCGCGCAACGAUGUGGCGUCGCGCGUACCUGCUGCUGGCGCUGGUGCGUUUAUACUUCGCGUUGUCGCCCAGCUACUUGCAUCCCGAUGAGAACUUUCAGGGGCCCGAAGUCAUCGCUGGCCAGAUCUUCAGCUACCCCGUCAAGCUGACCUGGGAAUUCACCUCCGAAAACCCGAUUCGAAGUGUCUUCCCCUUGUGGCCCGUCUAUGGCCUGCCUAUGCUGCUGCUGAAGUGGAUAUGGAUCGGCAAUGGACAGGGUGGGGAGGUGACGCCCGCGGUUGUCUUCUGGACGCUGCGCGUGCUCAUGUUCCUGCUGAGUUUCGUGCUGGAGGACUGGGCUAUUCAUGAGCUGGUUGAGAAGCCACGGCACAGGAGUUUAGUGAUACUAUUGGUCGCCUCAUCGUAUGUGACGUGGACGUUCCAGGCGCAUACGUUCUCGAAUUCGUUGGAGACGAUUUUGGUGGCGUGGAGUCUGGUGCUGAUACAGAGGAUUGUGGAUGAUAAGCAGCGGACAUCUCCUUUCGCAUCUGCGUUGUUGGCUUUCUUGGUCGUCUUUGGAUUCUUCAAUCGGAUCACAUUUCCCGCAUUUCUGUUCAUCCCCGCGUUUCGUUUGAUACCCCAUUUCGCGCGGAAACCCCUCUCCCUGCUCUUCAUGGUCAUCUCCGGCCUCUGGACCCUCUUCUUCGCCAUCGCCAUCGACACCGAAUUCUACUCCCGCACCCACCCCGUCACCUGGUCCACCCUCUUCACCCACCCCAUCAUCACCCCCCUCAACAACCUGCGCUACAACCUCGCCACCUCAAACCUCGCACUCCACGGCCUGCACCCGCGCUACGCGCACCUCCUUUUCAACCUGCCGCAGCUCCUCGGCCCGGCCUUCCUGCUGCUGUUCUUCCGUCCUCACUUGUCGUUGCGCUUAUAUUCUGCUAUCUCAGGCAUCCUCGUCCUAUCAGUGUUCCAGCACCAGGAGGCGAGAUUCCUAAUCCCUACCAUCCCGCUGAUCCUCUCAUCCAUCCGGCUGCCGGCGAAGAAAUCUCAUCUGAAGAUUUUCGCUGCGGCUUGGCUGGUGUUCAACAUUAUCUUCGGGGUACUGAUGGGCUCCUACCACCAAGGCGGCGUAGUACCAACGCAAUUCCACCUCGCGAAUAUGGAAGACGCGACACACGCGCUGUGGUGGAAAACAUAUUCCCCUCCCGUCUGGCUACUAAACGGGAAGAACGAGGUCCUCACCACACACGACCUAAUGGGUAUGCCCGGGGCCAAGAUGAUCUACGAGCUACGCGCCCUGGCGACGUGUGGCUCCUCCUCAUCUUCGAACUCCAAAUCGGGGAAUAAUAACGCGACGGGCACGUACCUCGUUGCGCCGCUGUCAUCGAGUUACUUAUCGGAUUAUAUCGCCGAGAAUAAUGGAACGAAGGGGGGGCUGAGGUUCGAGGAAGUCUGGAGGUAUAGGAUGCAUCUUAACCUUGAUGAUUUGGACUUUGGAGAUGAUGGGGUGUGGCCGACGCUCAAGCGCGUGGUGGGGAGGAGGGGGUUGGCGACGUGGAGAGUUAGUAGGGAUUGCUCUUCAUCCUCGGGGUGGAGGAGCUGAGUUGGGGUUUGGGUGGUGGGUUGACGUGGUGGUUGUUGUGCGAGCGAGCGUGCGCUGAUUUCUCAUCUCAUCUCAUCUCAUCUCAUCACUAUUUUUUCAGCGCGUUCGUGUUGUCGUUGCGACGUUUGAGCGCUCAUAGGGGGUCGGUGGAAAAGCUGGACGGGAGGGGGGGCGUAUUGGAGUCAAUACGGAAUGUGAGACCAUAUAUAUUUGGGUACACCACGUCCGAGCGGGGGUUGGCCGGGGGCAUCGUAGCACUCGUGGCUACGUUAGACAACAGCGCCGCGCAUGCAUGUUAUGUAUGCGGGGGAGCGGUGACACGGAGAUAUAUAAUGGUCCCGUAAUAAUUAGAUUUUUUAAUACGAUGGGGGAAAAAGGGGGGGGGGUCUUGGCAUAGAUAUAAUAUGUGGUGGUGGAUAUUUGGUCGGGGUUUAGUAAUGUUUGGUGGUUAUAGUCCAGUCAUUUUUGACUUUGGGGAAGUGGUGAGGCGGAGGGAGUAGUGUACGAUAUGUAUGUAUAUUAUCAAAUUAUAGAAGGUUGUGG